AUGGUCAACGAACGCGCACCGCCGUCGAAGUCUCUGGCAAACCGACUUGCAGCAAGUGACAGCGCUGGCCCUGCUAAGGCGAAGGCGGCCGAUGACGACGACGAUAUUAGUGCCAUCGUCAACGGAUGGGCCUCAAUUAAGAGCAGCGACCGCGCAGCAUCGACACCUCCAUUUCCACAAGCCAGAGCGGUGCGCCAGUUUGGACACCCGACGAAGCUAGUAUCGUCUCGGAAGCAGAAGGCCGAUGUCUUUAUUCGUCAGACAACCCGUCCUGAGCAUCACAUCACCAGCACCAAGGUCCACGCUCCAAAGGCCCAGACGUAUACCGAUCGCAAGCCCCCUCCCCCGCCCGUCUUCAACUCGAACCAGGCCGAGAGACCCGCCCGCGGAAAGUUCGGCGAGGAAGUCUUCUACACCGACCCGGCAAAGGCCAGCGCAGACCUGAAGGCUUUGCUUGAAGGUGGCAUGGAGGAUGAAGCUGAAGAGGACGACCAGCAAGAACCUGCGAUAGCUGAAGGUGCUUCUGACGGAAAGAAGCCGGAAAAUACAAAGAAGAAUAAGAGCAAGCAACGUGUAAGCAAAGAUGGGAAGAUAGACGGUCUUAAAGUCCGGCUGUUACCUCAUCAAGUGGAGGGUGUCGAAUGGAUGCUUGGUCGUGAACUGGGCCCUGUGAAGCGAGGCACCGUUCCCAAAGGUGGGCUGCUCGCGGAUGAUAUGGGUCUCGGCAAAACUCUUCAGACCGUCUCUCUCAUUCUGUCAAACCUCAAACCGGAGAAGGGCUCGGACGCUUGGAAGCCUCAAUAUGAAAAGAUGGAAAAGACUACUUUGGUCGUCGCCCCGUUAGCACUCAUUCGGCAAUGGGAGCAUGAAAUCAACGACAAAGUGGAAAAGGCAACUGGAUUGAAGGUGCAUGUCCACCACGGCCCGCAACGGACAAAAAAUUUCAAGGAUCUCACCAGAUAUAAUGUUGUUAUUACAACAUAUCAGAUUUUGGUAUCAGAUCAUGGCAACUCAUCAGAGACCGAAGAUGGCAAGAAGACUGGCUGCUUCGGGCCAACAUGGUGGCGUGUUGUCCUAGAUGAAGCUCACACCAUCAAGAACCGCAAUGCGAAGACAACAAAAGCCUGCUAUGCCCUGCGCUCAGAGUAUCGCUGGUGCUUAACCGGUACACCGAUGCAGAACAACCUGGAUGAAUUGCAGUCACUUAUUAGGUUCCUGCGGAUCAAGCCAUAUGACGAGCUGCGCCAGUGGAGAGACCACAUUGACCAGCCUUUGAAGAAUGGCAAGGGGCAUGUUGCUAUCGGGCGUUUGCACAGUGUUCUCCAGUGCUUUAUGAAACGACGCACAAAGGAUAUUCUUAAGGAAGAGGGCGCCCUGAAACCCGGAGGCAAGUCUGCUGAGGGCGAAGAAGACGAUCCGGGUCCUGGUUUCAAGCACACCGAACGAAAGGUUGUUACCGUCUCCGCUGAGCUGUCAGCGGCAGAGCGCCAAUUUUAUAACCGCCUGGAGGAUCGCACCGGUGAGAGUAUGAAGCGUAUGAUGGAAGAGAAGCUCAACUAUCUGAACGCAUUUACGCUGCUGUUGCGCUUGAGACAAGCUUGUAAUCACCCGAAGCUUGUCGAGGGCAAGAUUGAGAGAGAUCGGGAUGCUAUAACGACCGACAGCAGUCAGAGUCAAAACCAAAAGUCACAGGAGUCUGAAAUGGAUGCCAUGGCAGACCUAUUUUCUGGAAUGGGCUUGGAUUCCAAGAAAUGCGGUGUUUGCUCUAUGGAACUCUCCAAAGACGAUGCCGCACAAGGACUCAACACUUGCUCGUCUUGCAAGGAAGACAUGGUCCAGUUCAAGGAGUUUGAAAAGAGCAACAAGAAGAAGAAGAUGGGAAAGCACAAGACAAAGUCGAAAUCCAAAUCAUCCAAGUCAUCCAAGAUACGACAAGCCGAGCGAAAGCAGGAAAUUACAACCGGCAAAAUGGCCCGACGCCCGCGCAACCGUAAUACUGUUCUUGACAGUGAUGACGAAGACGAUGUCGAGGGCAGCUGGCUUGUUUCGGACGGUGAAAGGGGUCCUUUGAAUCUGGGUAAAGCUGGGGGCGAAGAAGAUGAAAAUGCCGCUGGCCCUACAGAGUGGCUUCGGUCCGAGUCGGAAGAGUCGGAAGAGUCAGAAGAUGAGGACCAAAGCAACUUGAGCAGCUUCGUCGUGGAUGACGAGAACGAAGCAAAGCCCUCGCAGGACAAUAAUGAUUCUCUGUUGUCAAUAGACGCCUUGACUAGGCAGCUUGAGUCACAGACACUAGAAGACAAACCGACUGCUGCCUCGCAGGCUUCCGCCACAGAGGUGGAGGACGAAGAUGACGAUAGCUCUGAGGGGAAAUCGUCAAGCUCCGUUUCUGGCAUUGACGAGUCAGAGCUCUACUCUGACGAUGACGACGUGCGUCCGGCGCCAGGGUCGAGCCAGAUUGUGGCCUCGGCAAAGAUUCGCGAGCUCAGCCGCAUUCUGCACGCUGAAGCUCAUGAGCACAAGUUCAUCGUCUUUUCCCAGUUCACAUCCAUGUUGGACCUGGUCGAGCCCUUUAUCCGCAAGGACGGCUACAAGUUUACGCGCUACGAUGGCAGCAUGCGCAACGAUGAGCGCGAGGAGAGCCUGCGCCAACUCCGCGAGGACAAGCGUUGUCGUGUGCUGCUGUGCAGUCUCAAGUGCGGCAGCCUGGGUCUCAACCUCACAGCCGCCACGCGCGUCGUCAUUAUCGAACCUUUCUGGAACCCGUUUGUCGAGGAGCAAGCCAUUGACCGCGUCCACCGCCUCAACCAGACCGUCGACGUGGUCGUCUACAAGCUCACCGUCGCCAACACGGUCGAGGAGCGCAUCGUUGACCUGCAGGAGAAGAAGCGCCUGCUCGCUGAGCAGGCCAUCGACAUGGGUGCCAAGAAGGGCGCCCUCAAGCUCGGCCUCAACGAGAUCAUCGACAUGUUCAAGCCUGGCGGCCACUUUAGCAACGGCACCGGCGCGCGCGGCGUCCGUGAGCAGGUGCAAGCAGCGUCGCGCCUUGUGGUUGAUGGUAGCAGUGGCAGGAGGGCGCCGCCGAAGCGAGAGGAGAGCUCCAUCUACGGACGGCGUUGGUAA